CAUGCGCGCAUUCUUGUCAUCUGCAUCGAACAUGGCGAACGUAGCGAGGUUGUUACGACGAAUAUCAUCGUCCUCCCGACAUUUUUGUGGUUUUACACGUUCUCAUAGUUCGAGAUAUAAUAACAGUGAAAUAAAAAAAUGGAAUACCGGACUCUUUGCAACAUUUUCUAUCGCGCUUCUCGUUGGGUACAAAUAUUUGCGACCUGAUAUAGCGUAUGCCAAGUCUCGAAAGAAGGAGGACGAUACACAGAAAGCGGUGAAGCUAACGAUGAGGGAGAAGAGAUUUAUAAAAUUUGCAUCGGUCGAGUAUGACGGCCAAUUGUACAUGACGCCUCAGGAUUUCCUCGACAGCGUCGUUGAAUCCGAACCUAGACCGAGGCUGAAGAGACGCGUGUUAAGCGACAAGGAGCUGGAGGUGAUGAGAAACAGCAUCCCCUCGACACGGCAUGGAAGUUCGCACAUGUUCAGAAAUCUUCGGGACAAAGGGAUUAUUUCUUACACGGAGUACCUGUUCCUGUUGUCGAUCCUGAUCAAGCCUAAAUCGGGUUUCCGGAUCGCAUUCAACAUGUUCGACACGGAUGGAAACGAACGCGUAGAUAAAACCGAAUUUCUCGUGAUUCGACAAUUAUUCGGGGGCAAGCUGAAGAAGAAUCGAAUCGACGAUGAGACGAGAUUUGCAAUGGAGAAAGUUUUCAGUCAUGCAUGGAGAGGACGACACGGUACCGAAACUAAAGAAAAAUUAAGCCUUUUGACGGAAAGGCAAACGACUCCUGAAGCGAUUCAAGUCCAAUACAUUGACGAUGAACAGGGUUUGCAACGUCGCCACGCAGUCGAUACAAGUCUAAUGAUACACUUCUUUGGAAAGGAUGGAAAGAACGAGUUGAAGUACGAAGAUUUCACCCGUUUCAUGGAAAAUCUGCAACACGAAAUUCUAGAACUUGAAUUUCACGAAUUUAGCAAAGGCCAUGAUACUAUCUCUGAGUUAGAUUUUGCUAAAAUUUUGCUACGGUACACUCAACUCGACACCGAUGAAUAUGAUAAGUAUUUGGACAGAAUAUUGAUAAACUCAGAUCUUCAUAUUGGUAUUACGUUCGAGGAAUUUCGACGGUUUUAUCAAUUCUUGAACAACCUCGAUGACUUUUCGAUAGCCAUGCGAAUGUACACUCUUGCGGAUCAUCCAAUAUCAAAAGAUGAAUUCCAACGCGCUGUAAAAAUUUGUACAGGAAGUGUACUUAGCGACCAUAUUAUCGAUACUGUAUUCGCGCUUUUUGACGAAGAUGGCGAUGGUCAGUUAUCCUACACAGAAUUUAUAGCGAUAAUGAAGGAUCGAUUACGCAGAGGUUUCAAGUCUCAACAACGACUCAAAAAUUUGGAAGCAUUUACUUCUUGUAUAAAGCAAGAGAUGAAAUCACGUUAAAUGGUAUCAAGUAGAAAGAAUUGAAAAGGAAAUAAGAAAAUCUUGAAACAUUUAAGACUUAUCGGAUGCCAAUCAAAUUUAAACUUUCCUAGGAUUAAUAUUAUUGUGAUAUUUAAAUUACUCUAAUUCUUUGAAUUUCUACCUCUAUUUAAUAACCUUUUUCUAUUUGUGUGAUAUUAUGAUGUAACAUAAAUAAUCAACAUAAUGAACUAAUCCUAAGAGAUAGAUAUAAAAUAUUGAAUAAUUAUUAUUAAUUUCUAAAAUAUUCAAAUCUAUUAAAUGUGUGAACAAAUGUUUAUUGAAUGUUAAAUACAAAAUAUAUUUAUCUUUAAA